GCUCAGCGACAGGCCGGGGAGGAGGCCAAGCGCCGGCGGAGCCAAGAGGAGAACCUCUUGAUUUUCAAGCUGCGCAGCCUCUGUGAACAGCUGGGCUUGGCAAGCCAAGCUUCCAAGCAGGACCUCGUAGAUGCCUUGGCAAAGCACUUGGAGGAUGAGGGCUAUCCCGUGAAGCGGCCCAAGAUCGAGCAGGCUCCGGAGGAGGCUGCUCCAGCUCCUUGCCAGGAGGAGGCCGAGUCCCAGGUCAGUGCCAGCGCAGCAGCCGCAGAUGAAAGCGCUGCGGAAGGCGCCACAUCCCAGGAGGUCGUGCCGGAUGUAGCAGCGUCGCCAGAGAAGGCCCUUCCAGCCUCGCCGACAAAG